AUGUCCGCCACCACGCCACCGGUUCCGAAACCUAGGACCCGAUUUAACAUCGGUGUGGUAUGUACAGAUGCAUCACCUAGUCAUUCCAAUUCGCAUUCACGUCAGUCAUCUUCUGACAUCCCUCCGGCUGACACUAAUGGAAACUUCAAUGAAGGGCAAACCACCGGCAUUUAUCCCGCCAUACCCGUAACAGAAGCACCAAAAAUUCCUCUAGCGCCGUUGGAACCUCCUCCACGACCGCCAGCACUGUCCGUACAACCCUCAGAAGCUCUAAUCGUUUGUCCGGAACCAGUUGCGCCAGCUGCUCAUCGUACUGCUCCUCCUCCACCUCGGCCACCACCGCCGAGAGUCCCACCACCUCCACCACCUGUAGGAUGGCAGAUCCCACCACCCGUACCUCCUCUUCCGCCAAUUAUUAUGCCUUCGCCGCCUCUCAACGAUGCGCGAAGCCGAACCAGUUCCUCCUCUGUGUCAACUCCAUCGCCUCCAGUACCUCCUCGUCCAAAAAGAUGGGAGGCACACAAAGCCCAACUGCAAUCUCAAGAAAUUGAUGGUCUUUACGACACAAUGUCAAGCGCUAAGGCAUCGGAGCAAUUGUAUUCUCCUUCGCGUAGAGUGGACUUCAUUGAGAAUCCCAUCUAUAUGUCAAUGUUUUCUCUGAAAAAGAGAUCGCUGGCGAAAGUUGUGGAGAAACCUGAGAUGAACGGAGUUGCGCAGGAGAGUGCAACCGCGCAGGAAACACCAGCCGGUCAGGAGGCACCAGCCCCUCAGGAGAUUCCAGCCACGAUAGAGAUCUCAGCCACGCACGAUAAAGAAUUGCCACCUACACCUGUUGAAAAUAGAUCUCCAUCGCCUUCAUCCCCUGUGGAGUUGGACUACGCUGUUUUCGAUAAAGGAAAUAACAGUGAAACAAAUGAGAAUUCCAUAAGUCGCACAUCAUCGUCGGAGCGUUCUAGUCAAUCAGAUGCUACAAGAAACCCUAAGCUUGAAUCUACAAUCCCUGUCCCUAGUCGUCCCGUGUCAUCACGCAAAAAUGAGGACAGAUACACCCCAACCCCUAGAAGGAGCGUUGCUCCUAGUGUUGAUAGCUUCGGUGCAAUUUCAUCACCAUUCGAUCAGUUUGAAACAGUAGUAGAACUGGCUGAACUUCCAGAAAAUAUCACCGAUACCAUUGAAUUGGUCAACAAUGACAUCGACGAACCCAGCGGAGACCAUGCUAGUGGGACAGCUGUAGCCUAUUUUGGCGAUGUGUUGUUUCAUGUAGGCAAAAAGGAAAAGAAAAAAGCCCAUUGUCGAAUGAGGAAUAUGCAGCUGAGCUUCCAUGAGGAUGAUGCUACGGAGGAUUGUAUCGCUGGACCAUUUUCGCUACUUGGGUGUGAGCUUAUUUGUCGGGAAGAGCAAACAAUCUUCAUAAGGCUUUCCGAGAGAGAAGCAAGCAAAACCGUAUCGUUUACUGCUGAGAAGGAUGCAGAAACUUGGAUACUGUUGUUGGGAGAGUGUUGGUUAUCGGAGUACGAUUUGCUUCGUUCAAGCGUGCAAAAAGUAGAUGCAUGUGGGACUUUCUGGCUGCGUCAAGGUACCACUAGCGACUGGAUGUAUACUGCUGCAGCUUUACAUGGCAGAACGAUGUUUUACGUCCUACUUGAUUCACCGGAUUACAUAUACGAAUUGGAUGUGAGAAAGGUUCUAUUGCUUCGCGAACGCCUUGAAAAAGCAGAUUGGUGUCCGAAAUGUAAACGAAAGGACCAAAAGGGACCUUUUCUGAUCUCAUUGGAGGGAUGUGCUCUCUACGUGGAAUGUUGUGAUGAUCUAUGUACGGGGAAGUGGUGUUCCGCCAUCCAAAACUCUCUUUCCCUUACACCUUCUAGUGUAGAGGACUAUCGCUUGACUGCGGAUAACAUUCCUAUUAUUGUUGACAAGUGUCUUCGAUUCAUUGCUGCGUACGGGUUCCGAUCAGAGGGGAUUUAUAGGAGAAAUGGCAAGAUCUCAGAAUCUAAAGAGAUAUAUAAAAAGCUUACGGAGGAUCCCGUUGGCACACAUAUUGCGUCGACAUCCGAAGAGACAGCUUACGCUGUCGCAGAUGUGUUGCGACAAUUCUUCCGAAAGCUAAAAUCCCCGCUAGUUCCAGAAUCGAUCCAUAAGGAUAUUUAUAACCUGGUGCAAAACCGGAACACUUGCGACAAUAGUGUCAGAUAUACGGAGUACCGAAGAGUUCUCCAAAAAAUGCCUUUGGUCCACUACCAUACCCUUAGGAAACUAAUGGCACAUCUCUGUGAAGUUGUGAAGUACGCGGAUGUGAACAAGGCUACAGUUGAAAACAUUGCAAAGAUCUUUGGGCCAUCGCUGUUCCACACCAGUGAUGAUGUGAGUGCUGGCUAUGAUGACACUUCACAACAAAUUGGGGCUAUCAUUGAUCUCAUCAACGGUUAUGAUACCAUCUUUGAGGUGACUAGUCGAGAAGAGAUUUGUAGAGCUAUGGUAGAACAAGCACAACUGCACAAAACUACCACCUCAAAUGCUGUGCGAGCAGAUGGUCUCUUAGUGCCCAUUCAUGUCUGGGAGAAAGAAAACCGCCCUUUCAACGUAAAAAUCGACUUAGCUGCUGAAGAAGUUUGCCGCGAAGCGGUAGCAAGGCGAGGUUUUGAUGCACCUCAGGAUGGGAAAUACGCAAUUUUUGAGGUCAUCAUGGAUGGUGCCCUAUCUCGGAGACUCACUCCUUUCGAGAAACUGUCUCGAACGGUUUUGGAUCACUGGCUGACAUGGCAGUGUACAGAUGGUUAUCUCUUAUUUGAUCACGAUAAUUGGCCCUAUAAUGAUUCGGAGUUGGUGAGUCAGGAGUUCUUCUCUGGUAAGGUCAAGAUAGCAGAACCAGGUUCAAAAACUUUCCAUUCUUACGAAAUGAAAGUAGAGGAAGGUGUAAAGAUAGCUGCAUAUAAGAAGGACAAACUCUGGAAAGAGUGGAAAGUGUCAGAGACGAUAUUCUACUCAGGUUGUCCUGCUAAUAGAAAGGCUCCCAAUGCUUACAAUGUUACCGUAUUCGACAAGAAGAGCGUUUCUAUGACAGACAAGCUCGUUGGAUACUGCAUCUCGUUUAAACUUAUGCCAGAAAGAACUCGUUUCUUGAAUGUUGUACAGUUUAUCGAAACAGGUGGUCAACCUCCUCCUCUUGUGCAUUUACGUUCCCCUGCAAGUAGACCUCUCAUGAUGCUCCGUACGCUUUUGCCUAGCGUACGGGCUGCACGAUUGCUAGCCACAGAUGCCGUGCCAUCGUCCAGUGUUGUUGAAGAAAAGUCUGUCAAGAAGAUAGGAAGAGCUUUGGAGACCUACAUAAAGCUCAGUAGAGAACAUGUGUCCAUGAUGGCUCGGGAGCGGGCCGAUUUUGAGUUGGGAAAGCGACAUUUGGCAAACAUGAUGAAUUUGGAUCCUCAUGCUUUAACGCAAAAUGAUAUCGACGAUGCCAUCAGAUAUCUGUUUCCGUCUGGUCUUUUCGAUCUAAAUGCCCGCCCGGUGAUGCGACCUCCAGAUGAAAUCCUUCCAAAAUUUCAUCGAUUCGACUUUGACGACGAAGGUCGGCCCAAAGAUACACGAUUCUUCACACUGCAGCCGAAAUUUUACGGUCUAUUGUCGGACAUUGGCAUCAAAACAAAGUCGGUGACAUCAUUUUACAAUGACCACAUGUCAACGGGUAAUAAAGGAGUUGAGCUGCAGUCCUUGAACACCAGUGGAACUCAAUGGCUUCCAAAAGAAAAGCUUCAAAAGAAGUUAGGAGAGAAAAUAAGCGACGAAAUGUACACUCAACUACUGGUGGCAUUCGAUUACCUAGUAAGCUUGCCAUCAUCAGCAGUUGAAGAAAAGUUUAUCAUGCAGUAUAGAGAGCCGCUCGCUGCAACCACCCAAUCCAGGCUUUUUGGACCCGACAUUCCAGAAGUUACAAUUGACCCGGUGACUCAAAGAAGACAAGCAACUGUCAAGACUCGCUGCAAGGAUACGAGGACCGAGGUAACAGUCGUGGAUGCGGGUACUGGAAAAUUUGACAUUGAUGGUCAUGAUCUUCCCACUUUCCGGCAUUUAAUAGCCAGAGAGAUUUUGCUGGCCCCGAUGAUUGUGGCUGGACUUUUGGGUAAAGUCGAUGUAAAAGCGACGUCAACUGGUUCCGGUGGCAUCACUGCACUUCCGCGAGCUGUCCGCCAUGGAAUUGCGCUCGGAAUAGCCGCUUUGUAUCCAAAGACUAUGGAGCCAUUAAGAAUAUCUGGUCUAUUAACGUCGGAUCCGCGAAAGAAAGAACGUAGUAAGGUGAACCAGCCAGGAGCUCGAGCUAAGUGGAUUUGGAAACGUCGUUGAGUGGCAGUGCCCGGCACGCGCGCGUCUGGCCACGCCCAUUCGGAACGGGCCGCACGUAUUUGUUUGCGAUUACCAAGAGUCGUUGCUGUGUUCCUGCGACGCCAACGACGCGCCGCACACGUCGCGCGCGACGUGACGUGCGAUGUGCGUGAAAAGCAAACAAAAAUUAGUAGUUUUUGUAGAUUUGAGCGUGACACAACGUGCGUAUGUAUGUUGUAUAGAUGUUGCAUAGGAUUGAGGUAUACAAAAUUGUUGUUAUUAAUUGGUAUUGAUUGUUUGUUAUCGAUUGUUGAUGUGGAGAAAUUUGUAAAGAAUCU